AUGUGUUCGCAGACGCUGCCGUUCGCAGACGCUGGCUUUCGCAGGCGUUCACCGACGCAGGCGUUCGCAGGCGUUCACCGACGCAGGCGUUCGCAGGCGUUCACCGACGCAGGCGUUCGCAGGCGUUCACCGACGCAGGCGUUCGCAGGCGUUCACCGACGCAGGCGUUCGCAGGCGUUCACCGACGCAGGCGUUCGCAGGCGUUCACCGACGCAGGCGUUCGCAGGCGUUCACCGACGCAGGCGUUCGCAGGCGUUCACCGACGCAGGUGUUCACCGGCGUUCACCGACGCAGGUGUUCGCAGGUGUUCACCGGCGUUCACCGACGCAGGUGUUCGCAGGUGUUCACCGGCGUUCACCGACGCAGGUGUUCGCAGGCGUUCACCGACGCAGGUGUUCGCAGGUGUUCGCAGGCGUUCACCCACGCAGGUGUUCGCAGGUGUUCGCAGGCGUUCACCCACGCAGGUGUUCGCAGGUGUUCGCAGGCGUUCACCGACGUAGGUGUUCGCAGGCGUUCACCGACGCAGGGGUUUGCAGGCGUUCACCGACGCAGGUGUUUGCAGGCGUUCACCGACGCAGGUGUUUGCAGGCGUUCACCGACGCAGGUGUUUGCAGGCGUUCACCGACGCAGGUGUUCGCAGGCGUUCACCGACGCAGGCGUUCGCAGGCGUUCACCGACGCAGGCGUUCGCAGGCGUUCACCGACGCAGGCGUUCGCAGGCGUUCACCGACGCAGGCGUUCGCAGGCGUUCACCGACGCAGGCGUUCGCAGGCGUUCACCGACGCAGGUGUUCGCAGGCGUUCACCGACGCAGGUGUUCGCAGGCGUUCACCGACGCAGGUGUUCGCAGGCGUUCACCGACGCAGGUGUUCGCAGGCGUUCACCGACGCAGGUGUUCGCAGGCGUUCACCGACGCAGGUGUUCGCAGGCGUUCACCGACGCAGGUGUUCGCAGGCGUUCACCGACGCAGGUGUUCGCAGGCGUUCAGCGACGCAGGUGUUCGCAGGCGUUCACCGACGCAGGUGUUCGCAGGCGUUCACCGACGCAGGUGUUCGCAGGCGUUCACCGACGCAGGUGUUCGCAGGCGUUCACCGACGCAGGUGUUCACCGGUGUUCACCGACGCAGGUGUUCACCGGUGUUCACCGACGCAGGUGUUCACCGGUGUUCACCGACGCAGGUGUUCACCGACGCAGGUGUUCGCAGGUGUUCACCGACGCAGGUGUUCGCAGGUGUUCACCGACGCAGGUGUUCACCGACGCAGGCGUUCACACAGUUGAUCACAGGUGUUCACCGACGCAGGCGUUCACAGACAGUUGAUCACAGGUGUUCACAGAAGCAGGUGUUCACCGACGCAGGUGUUCACCGACGUUCACCGACGCAGACGCAGGUGUUCACCGACGCAGGUGUUCACAGACGCAGGUGUUCACAGACGCAGGUGUUCACAGACGCAGGUGUUCACCGACGUUCACCGACGCAGACGCAGGUGUUCACCGACGCAGGUGUUCACAGACGCAGGUGUUCACAGACGCAGGUGUUCACCGACGCAGGUGUUCACCGACGCAGGUGUUCACCGACGCAGGUGUUCACCGACGCAGGUGUUCACAGACGCAGGUGUUCACAGACACACUUGUGGAUACACUGA